GAAGAAGUUUGCGGACGUCGGCUGUCGUAAACAGCGUCAAUAUGUCAGAACGAGCAGCGUAUGGCUUAGCCUGAAAGAUAACAGCUUGGUUUUCCUUUUGGUUUAUUUUGCUUUUGUUUCGUUUGGCGACUUGGACUUUAUAUUAAAUGGAGACCAAUAGCUUACUAUGAAACUCCGGGAUCAGAAUGACAGCCCUGGGGAGACGUUCAAUGCAACACUGACUGCUAGCCAAUGCCUGAUUCCAGAAGAGCACUGAAACUGAGGUAUUCCCCUGCUGUAAUGCAGCCUAAUUCAAGUGAAGGAAAUGGUUUAUCCCUGAACCUGCAGCCAGAGCCCACCAGGCCUCCAGCCCCCGGGGCGGCUGCUGCCAGCCCUGAGAGCAACGAGGUGAGGGUAAAUAUGACCAGCAAGCCGGGGGAGAGCGGUGGAGGCGCGUCAUCCAGGAGAUCCAGAGUCAACUCCCACAGCCACACACACUCUCAGCCGCACUCACACAACCGGGGGCCGCACCACUCCAAUCCAGAGGCCGAGCUGGACCCGCCGGACUCUGAUCUGGACUCAGGAGAACCCAGCUCCUCCUUUUCUGAGCUCCGGUGUCUCUUCCGCUGGCUUCAAAAGAGUCUUCCUUUUCUCGUCAUCAUUUGUGCUAAACUGGUCGUCCAACAUGCUCUUGGGCUAGCAGUUGGGGUUGGCCUCUUCACAACUUUUCUAUAUGUGAAUAAAAACAUUCAAACUCAAGUAUUUCUUCAGGAUCGCCACUCCAAGCUGCAGUGUGUAUGGCUGCUAGUGUUCCUGACCUCCUCCACCCUCCUGCUUUACUACACCUUUCUCAGUGAGACACUCCACUAUUGCCUCAUCUUCCUCAGCCCCACCAUCGAGCCGCUGGGUUUCUGGGAGGUUCUGUGGACUGUCGGCAUCACCAACUUCAUAAUAAAGUUUCUCUUUAUGGGGAUGAAGUGCCUUAUCCUGCUGAUGCCGUCCUCACUGGUGAACUAUAAAACCCAGGUGAGUGCAGUGAAGGUUUUAUCUCUAAAGUAUUAUCACUAAAUGUGA